AACAUCUAUUACAAUAUGUUAUUGUAUAUUUUUCAAAUUUAUUUAACACUUAGGUACAGUAAUAAUGGACAUGUUAUUCAAAACCGGUACACCUCUCCCACUUAAAUAGAACGGCCUAUGUACUUCCUCUCUUUAAUCUGAUCGUCGUGGGAAUGGUAUAUAAGGCUAUGCAGAUACCGUAGUUUGUUUAGUAUUCUCAGGUAUUUCCGAUUUGAUCAAAACUAAUUUUGGAAGAAUAUUUAUUAGUUAAAACUUAAAACUAACAAAAAUGGCUCAUCUUAACUUAUUUGUCGUUUUGGUCGCUUCGCUGGUGUGCUUCACACUGGCAGAAGAAAAGUACACAACUAAAUUCGAUAACUUUGACGUGGACAAAGUGUUGAACAAUAACAGAAUUUUAACCAGCUACAUCAAAUGCUUGCUGGACGAGGGAAAUUGCACCAACGAAGGCCGAGAAUUGAGGAAAGUUUUACCAGACGCAUUAAAAACUGACUGCAGCAAAUGUACAGAAGUACAAAAAGACAGAUCAGAAAAAGUGAUUAAGUUUUUAAUCAAGAACCGUUCUACUGACUUUGAUCGUUUGACCGCCAAAUACGACCCAUCGGGCGAAUACAAGAAGAAGAUCGAAAAAUUCGACUCUGAAAAGGCUGCAGCUGCUAAACAUUAAUUCGUUUCAUUCUUUAUUUCUUACAUUUUUCCUGUGCACUUCCCGUUGUAUUUGAAAAAGUACAAAACGAAUAAUGUAUUUCUGUCUACUUAAGGUAUUUUAAUAUAAUUUAAUUAUGUGCUUAAAAAAAUUAGAUAUAAUAUGUUUCUGUUAAAAUAAAUAUUAAUUAUUUGUGAA